AUGCAGCGCGUCGGCCUUACCGCCAUCGCCCUCGCGGCGCUAGUUUCGGCUGCCCCCAUCACCGAGCCCGCCGACGCGAUCCAGGCUCGGCAGUUCUCCUGGACCGACCCGAGCACCUGGCUCCAGCCGGGCGGCGAUCGGCCCCCCAUCACCAUCAUCCUGCCCCCCGUCACGGGGCCCCUUAAGCCGUCGACCAAGCGACAAGAAGGCAUCUUCCUGCCCCCCAUCACCGGCGGCCUCGAGCCGUCGACCAAGAAGGAGAAGCGCCAGGACUUCAUCCUGUUCCCGCCGGUGACGGGCGAGCUGAAGCCGUCGACCAAGAAGCGCCAGGAGGACAAGAUCGGCGUCGGGAUCGGGACGCCGGACCCGGUCAAGGCGCACAUCAUCGCGCUCGAGCUCGAGUACGAGGCGCUGCUGCAGAACUUCGGCGCGCGGCCCCCGCGCCCCGUGGCCGAGCGCCUGGAGCAGAUCCGCGAGGAGCUCCUCACCAAGUACGGCAUCAAGAUCAUCCAGUCCCCCGACGGCACCACCACCACCUUCGUCCCCGGCAAGCGCGACCUCGGCGACGGCGAGGACGACACCCUCAUCACCCUCCCCUACCUCCCCGGCACCCCCAACCCCGACCCCGUCGUGCCCGGCGGCCCCAUCGAGGUCAGCGACUAA